CUUCACUCCCCUUGUCUCAGUCGAUAAUUUCUCUCUCUCCACACCAUUCCUCACCUUUCUCCCUGUCCUGGCUGUAGGAGUCUCUGUGUGUGUGUGAGUGUGUGGUGUGUCCACUGAUACAUGCCUCACUUGGACAGUCUGGCUUGGCUAUGAGCCCGCACUCUUGUUGCUUUGCUGUGUUUGGACGUUUUUGACUGCAGAGUUGACUAUUGAGAGUAAAGCACUAGAAGAUGUACUACAUGAAAAAGAAGUCCCAAUACAACAUGCUGAGCAGCAGCAUGGAGAGCCUGGGGAGCCGUGCAACGUCCGCCAGCCCCUACAGCUCCGAGAACGCCUCCUCGUCCGCCGUGCCCACUCCCUCACCCUACUCACAGCCCAACUCCACCUUUGAGGGCCUGUCCCCUGCCCCGACCAUCCCCUCCAACACCGACUACCCCGGACAGCACACCUUCCAGGUGUCCUUCCAGCAGUCUAGCACCGCCAAGUCUGCCACAUGGACCUACUCUCCCCUGCUGAAGAAGCUCUACUGUCAGAUCGCCAAGACCUGUCCGAUUCAAAUCAAGCUGUCCUCCUCUCCUCCUCAUGGCAGCAUCCUCAGAGCCAUGCCCGUCUACAAGAAGGCGGAGCAUGUCACAGAAGUUGUCAAACGCUGCCCCAACCACGAACUAGGACGAGACUUCAAUGAUGGUCAAGCUGCCCCGGCCAGUCACCUUAUCCGAGUGGAGGGGAAUAACCUCUCUCAGUAUGUGGAUGAUCCUGUCACUGGCAGGCAGAGUGUCUUCUUGCCGUAUGAAUCUCCACAGGUGGGGACUGAGUUCACAACCAUCCUCUACAACUUCAUGUGCAAUAGCAGCUGUGUGGGCGGCAUGAACAGGAGACCCAUCCUCAUCAUCAUCACUUUGGAGACCAGGGAGGGUCAAGUGUUGGGCAGAAGGUCGUUUGAAGGACGGAUAUGUGCAUGUCCCGGCCGAGACCGCAAAGCAGACGAGGAUCACUUCAGGGAACAACAGGCCCUGAAUGACAGUGUGGCCAAAGAUGGCUGUCCCAACAAGCGCAACUUCAAACAGAGUCCACCAAAUAUUCCCAGUCCAAAUAUUAACAUGAGGAAGAGGCGCCAUGGAGAAGAAGAAAUUUACUAUAUUCCUGUCCGUGGUCGGGAGAACUUUGAGUUGCUGAUGAAGAUUAAAGACAGUUUGGAGCUGGUGGAGCUUGUGCCACAACCGCUGGUGGACUCCUACAGACAACAAACACAGCAGCAGCUUCUGCAGAGACCGAGCCAUAUAGCAUCCCCCUCCUCCUACUCUCCAAUGUCCAACAUGAACAAGCUUCAUACCCACGGAGGCCUCAACAAACAGUCCUCAGUUAACCAGCUGGUGGGGCAGCAGCACCAGCAACACCCCUCUGCCCCCAUCUCCAUAGCUCAUAUGGGUUCUAACAUGCUCAACAGCCACCACAUGCAGGGGAAUGGUGAUAUGAAUGGUGGCCACAACAGUCAGACUAUAGUGUCUGCCUCCCACUGCAGCCCACCCCCUCCAUAUAACCCUGACCCCAGCCUCGUCAGUUUUCUAACCAGUCUGGGCUGUCAGAACGUCAUUGAGUACUUCACCUCCCAAGGCCUCCAGUCUAUCUACCAACUCCAGACUCUCACCAUGGAGGAUUUAGCUGUACUGAAAAUACCGGAGCAAUUCCGCCUUGCAAUCUGGCGAGGUCUGCAGGACAUGAAACAAGUUGCUCCCCUCCAACUGCCUGCCUCCACUCAUCACCAUGACUAUCAUGGCCAGCAGCUCCUUCGCUCCAGCAGCAACAUGACUGCCUCUGCCAUGGCUGCCAUUGGGUCUGCCAGUGGGGAACUCCAACGUCAGCGCGUCAUGGAGGCUGUGCACUUUCGUGUCCGCCACACCAUCACCAUCCCCAACCGGCCAGGUGUUGUUGGGUCGUCAGGGAUGGCAACGGGUGCUGAUGAGUGGGCUGACUUUGGUUUUGAUAUGCCCGACUGCAAGCUGUCACGUAGCAAGCACUCCAUCAAGGAGGAGUUCAUGGAUAGUGAUGUUCAUUGA